UGUGCCGUGUGCGCUCGCGCUGCCCUAUUUCCUGCCCCGUGCCCUGGUCCGCUUCCUUUUCUCAGUGCAGCGGGAGCAGUAUCGGAGUCUAAGGGCUUCAUCUCCUGACCGGGGAGAUCUAACGAGCGCAGAAUGGGUUUUGUUAAAGUAGUGAAGAGCAAGGCGUAUUUCAAGAGGUACCAGGUCAAAUACAGGAGGAGGCGAGAGGGAAAGACCGACUACUUCGCUCGCAAGCGCCUUGUCAUCCAGGAUAAGAACAAGUACAACACACCCAAGUACAGGAUGAUCGUUAGAUUCUCUAACAGGGAUAUUGUUUGCCAGAUCGCGUAUGCCAAGAUUGAGGGCGACGUGAUCGUCUGCGCUGCUUACUCUCACGAGUUGCCGAAAUACGGCGUUUCUGUGGGUUUGACGAACUACGCCGCUGCUUACUGCACUGGUCUGCUGUUGGCACGUCGGCUGCUGAACAAGUUCAGUCUGGAUAAGGUGUAUGAGGGCCAGGUGGAGGUGACCGGUGAGGAGUUUAAUGUCGAGAGUAUCGAUGGUCAGCCAGGAGUGUUUAGCUGCUAUCUGGACGCAGGGCUCACCAGAACCACCACCGGAAAUAAAGUUUUCGGGGCCCUCAAGGGAGCGGUGGACGGAGGACUGUCCAUUCCACACAGCACUAAGCGGUUCCCGGGCUACGACUCUGAAAGCAAAGAGUUCAAUGCUGAGGUUCACAGGAAGCACAUCAUGGGCGUGAACAUUUCGGAGUACAUGAGCUACCUGAUGGAGGAGGACGAGGACGCCUACAAGAAGCAGUUCUCCCAGUACAUCAAGAACGGAGUCACUCCUGAGUCGGUGGAGGGAAUGUACAAAAAGGCUCAUGCUGGCAUUCGUGAGAACCCAGUCCAUGAGAAGAAGCCUCAGAGAGAGAUCAAGAAGAAGAGGUGGAACCGUAAGAAGCUCACUCUGGCCCAGAGGAAUGACCGCGUGGCCCAGAAGAAGGCCAGCUUCCUCCGAGCUCAGGAAGCCGCUGAAGAUGAGUGAAGAGAUGAACAGUCUGUUCCUGCUCCAAAGAAAGUGUGCACCUUAUCCAAAUAAAGCAUUUGGAAAGGA